AUGGAAGAGAUGGAAACGAAGUGGGAGAGGCUACAACUUACGGAGGAAGAAGAUCAGGAGGUUGUGGUGGGUGAUGAUAUUUUAGAUGAACUGAGUGAAAAAGGGGAUAGGAGUCUGGUGGGAAGGGUGAUGGUAGAAAGAAGCAUAGGGAGGGGAGUGAUUGAAACAACUAUGGCAAAAGUUUGGAGAAUAUCAAAACCUGCAUCCUUUCGGGAGGUAAGAACCAAUGUGUUUGUGAUUACAUUUGCAACGCAAGCUGAUAAAGAGAGGGUCUGGGUUGGGAAGCCCUGGCUGUUUGAUAACUGUCUGAUGGUACUUAACAUGUAUGAUGGAUUGACUCAGCCAGAUGCACUCUCCUUUGCUACAGAGAGGUUCUGGGUUCAACUCCAUGACCUCCCUUUUGCUUGUAUGAAUAGAGAUUGUGGUAUGCAGAUUGGAGGAGUGAUUGGGAAGGUUAUUAAUGUGGAUACCAAUACGGAAGGGUGCGGUUGGGGCAAAUACUUUUGA